AAACUACAGGCCAGUUCUCUGCAACAGGUCUUCUAGCUGCGCAUGGCUCAAUCUUUUUACCGUGGAAAUGUUGUAAGAGUCAGACCUAAAUAUAACUAAAGACCACCCUCUUGACUUCUGAGAGCGCGCGCACACUUUGCGCUCAUGUGAGGAGAGAGAGCGCGCGCGUCACUUCAGCAAGUGUCACACCAAAACAGCGACAAUAAGUUGAGAAUACGCCAACAGCGCUGGAAGAUGGAGGAGCAUUCUGUUGUUAAAAAGCGCUCUGUGGCUGAACUAGCUGGAAAAUUCAAUUGUCCAAUCCCCCAUACUACAGAUGCUGAAGUGAACAAGCCUGUGAGAAGGAGACCCCCACGCACGCUCCCGCUUCCUGCUAAUAAUGAUGCUGGUCAAGGCCAAGAUGAGAAAGGAGCUGAAACAGCAUCACCUAGGAAGAACAGAAACUCUGCCCUUAUUGAGAAACUGCAGGCCAACCUUGCGCUUUCUCCCACGGGGCCGCUGCCCUUCUCAAAGAACCCAGGGGUGUUGAAGUUACCGAUGCCAUCCUUCUCCCCCGGCUCUCCCAGCAGCCCCUCUAGUCCUCCUGUAACUGUCACGCCCAAACAAGAGGAAACUCCUGCCAGCUUUGAGAAUCCCUCGGAGGGACCUGUUCUCAAAAGCAUCAUUAAGAGUAGAGCUCGACAUUCCAUCAAGCGACGCCCACCGUCUCGCCGACACAGGAAGUCUAGUGCGGAUGAAGAGGUGGAUAAAACAGCCUCAGACACCCUUGAACACACAACUCCAAAUGGGCACGAAGGAGAUGUGUUUGAAGAACAGAAGCCGUCACUAGACACAGAAUCUCUCUCCUCUAAAGAACAGAUUGAGCAGGAAACCAAAUCGACAGAUUCAGAGAAGGCGGAACCAGAGGAAAAAGUGGAGACUGUGACUUCAGAAAAGAAAGAGGCAGAAGAGAAGACAGAACAAGAAGAAGAGAAGACAGAACAAAAAGAAGAGAAGACAGAACAAGAAGAAGAGAAGACAGAACAAAAAGAAGAGAAGACAGAACAAGAAGAAGAGAAGACAGAACAAAAAGAAGAGAAGACAGAACAAGAAGAAGAAAAGACCGAACAAGAAGAAGAAAAGACAGAACAAGAAGAAGAGAAGACAGAACAAGAGUUAAAGGAAGAGAAAAGUGAGGCUGAACCACAGCUGGCUAACAGUACAGAAGAAACACAUGAAGAGCCAGUCACAGAAACUCAUGGAAAACCACAAGCAGAACCUGACACAACAGAUGAGAAAGAAGAGGAACAGAAAGAAGAUGAAGUAAACCAUUAGAACCAGGGAUUUAAAGUCUCUAAAUUGAGAAAAAGGUCAAAUCAACUGGCUCACACCGAAGAACUCCCUAAAACUCACUGCUUAACCAAAGCAAAGACAUUAGGAGAAGAUGAAAUAAUGUGAAUAACUUGGUAUUAGACUUGUAGUCUAUGCCAAACAUUUGAGUCGUUUGAAUGUGGAAGUGAAGCCUUCAGAUGCAGAGAACAACAGUAUUUUCCCUCCUGGACAGUUGAUAUUUUGAUAAUACCUCUGUUCUGAGCCGCUUGAAUGAAUUUACACAUAAAGGUUGGUUUGAGAUAUACUUUUUGUAUAGAAUUAUUUGUCUCCACUAAAGGACAUAUUUUUUAUUCUGUUUGUGUUGUUACACUGUAAAAAAAAGAAUUGUUGGUUUAACUUAGAAAAGUAAGUUACCUGGUUGCCUUAAAAUUUUGAGUUUGUCGAAAUUAAAAACAAAAAAGUUAAUACAAUGAAGGCGACUGAUUUAAUCAACAGAAACUCAAAAUAUUAUGUUAUCUGAACAACAUUAAUUAUUUAAGUUGAUUUAACAGAAGAAAAAAUGUUGUGAUAAAUCAUGAAAAUAAUUUUUACAGUGUAGCUGUAUUUCUAUCAAAAGUAUGAAUAGUUGAUCUUGUGAUUUUGAGAAAUUAAAAAUGGAAAUAUGAAAAAUAAAACCGCCUUUCAUUGGGAAA